AUGAGAGACCAUUCGAAAGGCUCACUGAGUCCUCCUAGAUAUGGCAGUACGGACCAAGUUGGAAAGGAUGCCAAGAUAGAAGAAGAUGGAUCAGCAUAUCGGACAAAUGACUCGCGCCGUCAAAUUGGCCCCAUUUCCGCCAUAUUUCUGAUCUUCAAUCGCAUGAUCGGAACCGGAAUCUUCUCAACUCCAAGUACCAUUCUUGCACUUUCUGGAUCUGUUGGCCUUACUCUUUUCAUUUGGGUUGCAGGUAUGGUGAUUGCGGCUGCCGGUCUUGCGACAUAUAUGGAAUUCGGUACUGGGCUUCCACGGAACGGUGGUGAAAAAAAUUAUCUUGAAUAUGUUUUUCGAAAGCCCAGAUUCCUCGUCACGAGUAUGUAUGCAAUGUAUGUCGUGCUACUCGGAUGGGCGGGUUCGAACUCUGUGGUAUUUGGUGAAUACAUCCUCAGUGCAGCAGAAGUCGAGGUAACUCGUUGGAAUCAGCGUGGUGUCGGAGUGGCUUGUAUCACUGCCGCUUUUCUGAUCCAUGGAUUCUCAGUAAAAUGGGGGUUGAGACUCCAGAACCUUUUAGGUGUCAUAAAGCUUCUGAUUCUUCUCUUGAUCAUCAUAUCGGGUUUCGUCGCGCUUGGCGGCCAUUUGAAAGUUGAAAAGCCGAACAAUUUCACAAAUGCAUUCGAAGGAACGACUGGUAGCGCUUAUGGAGUUGUCACAGCUCUGUAUAACGUUAUUUGGAGUUAUAUUGGCUACAGCAAUGCCAACUACGCGCUCUCCGAAACCAAAAAUCCAGUCAAGACCCUCAAAAUGGCUGCACCGACGGCUCUGGCUAUUGUUGGAGUACUUUACAUGCUUGCGAAUAUUGCAUAUUUUGCUGCCGUGCCAAAGGAAGAAAUCAUGACAUCGGGUCGUAUUCUGGCUGCUUCAUUUUUCAGGAACAUGUUUGGACCCCGUGCCGAGCGUGUGUUAUCCGUUUUUGUCGCCCUCUCAGCUUUUGGAAAUGUCCUCAGUGUCAUCUUUUCCCAAGGCAGAAUUGUACAGGAAAUCGCCCGAGAAGGCAUUUUGCCAUUCUCCAGGCUUUGGGCAAGUAACAAGCCUUUCAACACUCCAUUCAUGGGACUCUUCGAACAUUGGCUUGUCUCUGUAGUCAUUAUGCUGGCUCCACCACCAGGAGAUGCCUACAAUUUCAUCCUGAACGUAAUCUCAUAUCCACUUGCGGUGAUAAAUGUCUUCGUAUCACUAGCUUUGCUCAUCCUUUACGUUCGACCAUUCUCAGGGGAUCGCCAUCCACAACACUGGGCCCCACCUUUCCGUGCCACUUGGCCGGUGGUGCUGUUUUUCCUCCUCUCCAACGUCUACCUGGUCAUUGCACCAUUUGUCCCACCUAGUGCUGGCCAAAAUGUGUACAAGAGCUUGCCAUAUUACCUCCACUGUGUUGUCGGGAUUGCGUUCUUCGGCGCAGGAGCUAUCUAUUGGUUGAUCUGGGCUCACAUUUUACCCAGAAUUGGUGGAUACAGGCUCAUCCGCGAGCAUAUUGUAACAGAUGAUGGAUGGAGUGGAAGUGUUUUUAGAAGGGUAAAACGAGAAUAG